AUGGAGCAACCGUUGGGCAAUCCCGACUCGAUGGAGGAAGAUUAUUCAGAGACAUCUACAGGCAAGGCGUGGGCCCGAAUUGUUCUGCCGCAAUCGAGUGCCGCCUCUUCCGCGGAGCCUUCCAGUCCUCGUCCCGCCUAUGGCCCCAAGUCGCCGUGGGUCCAGGCCGGUAGAGGCCCGAAGCAGAGGGCCUGA